CAAAUUCUUGCAAAACUGGUUUUUGAGUAUAGGCUACCUGGCAGGAGUGGCAGCCAGUCAGUCUCUGACAACUUCAUCUACACGUUAAUCACUGUUGGAACCUGUGUGCCUCAUCAAGAUGUUUCUGGCCAAAACACUACUUGGUGGCGUCUUGGAUGUUGUGAACAACAUCAACCCAAAUCAAUUUACACACUCAAAUCCCAUCCCACAACGUACACCUCUGGCCUACGCUCCUAAGCCAAAUGUGAAUGACGAGGAAAACCAGUUCCACAGAGUCUUCCUGCAACUUGCUGGGGAUGACCUGGAGGUGAGCCCUAAUGAACUGAUGGAAAUCCUCAACAGGAUUAUUAGCAAACAAAGGGACCUGAAAACUGACGGCUUCAGCAUUGAGUCAUGCCGGAGCAUGGUGGCUGUCAUGGACAGUGACAGCUCAGGAAAGCUUGGCUAUGAAGAGUUCAAAUUUCUGUGGAACAACAUCAAGAAAUGGCAGGCAAUCUACAAAACAUACGACGCUGACCACUCAGGACUUAUAAGCUCAACAGAGCUCCCAGGUGCCUUCAAAUCUGCAGGCUUCCCUCUCAACGCCGACCUCAUCCAGAUGAUUACGCGCAGGUACAGCGAUGAGCAGGGCAACAUGGACUUCGACAACUACAUAGGGUGCCUGGUUAGACUGGACGCCAUGUGUCGAUUCUUCAAGACUCUGGACAAAGGCAACGCAGGAACUAUCAGCAUUAACAUCCAGGAGUGGCUUCAGUUGACAAUGUAUUCAUAAAUCACCAGACAACGCCUAUCUCGCGCUCUUCCUUUUUGCAUCAUGCAAUUCAUCACUAGAUGGCAGCAUUGUAACAUGGCAAAUCAUGCAAUACUUUUUUUUAAUAUGACAAAUAUUUUAGUGAUGUUUUCUAAUAUUAACAUAAAUUUGCUUUUAGUUAAACAUGCCAUACAGUCAUGUAAUGGAAUGUCAGAAACUUUAGUGGUCAAUAAAUUAAUUAAUCAGUAAAUGUUCA